CGAAACACAGUUGUCAAUAAAGUGUCAGUGUUUUUUUGGGUGGCGAGGAAGAAAAAUUGUUUUCCUGUGAAUUUAUUAGGUGUUUCCUUUCCUGAAAAUUGUACAAAAAGUGUAGAAAUGUCCUCAUCGAUGGGUAUUGAGUGCCCAUCAACACCUGAACACCUGGAUUUGCCACCAACACCCGACAGAAAUGACGUCCAAGACCUAAACUCACCCUCGCAAGCAUCUGACCAGGAAACUGAGGAAACUCCCUCAUCACCACCUCCCAAUUGUGCUAUAUGCCUUGGUCAAUGUCGCAACAAGAGCUUCACAGACUCCUGCCUCCAUCAAUUCUGCUUCAAAUGCCUGCUGGAGUGGAGCAAAGUGAAAGCUGAGUGUCCGCUGUGCAAGCAAGCCUUCAAGUCAAUCAUUCACAAUGUCAGGAGCAUAGAUCAGUUCGAUGAGCAUCUGGUGCAUCCGCAGCAAUCCUUCCUGCAGCGUUUGGACUUUCUGCUGUCGGAGCCCCCACGGUUCAGAUUCAGUGCUACCCUCCAGGUUGGUCCGUCUGAGAAUGAGGCCAUCCAGCGCUUCUUUGCACCCACGGGCAAUCGCUUCAUGCAGCCCUAUCGCUUCCGGCAGCUCGUCUACACCAACCACCUCUAUGCUGAGCCCCUCACGGACAUCACUGGGCGCUACCGGGAGUGCUCAGCACGAUUCUACAGUGACAACCCAGCUCAGGUGCAUCGUCUGAUGCCUUUCAUUGACCGUGAGGUCCGUAGUUUGUUGGGAUCGGAGGAGCAGGCUUCAUCGGCAGUUUCUCUGCUGUUGCGUAUUCUAACGCAGCACGAUAUCAUCUCACCGGGCUUCCGAAGCCGGAUACGUCAUUUGUUUGGCGAUAACACGGAUCACUUUAUCCAUGAACUGUUCAAUUUUGCCCAGGCACCCUACGAUCUCAUCGGCUACGAUAAUCACGUCCGAUAUGUAGGCAGAAAUGGUGCCACGAGUGCCAGUGCCGAGCCACGACGACCCUUCCACAUUCCCCUGAGCGUCAGUGCGCCAUUUGACGUAGAUGACAAUCUGCGAAUGGCUGUACCGCCAAGUGAGGUUGCACCUCCUCCCGUGGCCGCUCAAUCGAGUGGGCAGGGUUCAAUUGCAAGGGAUGCACGCAAUUCGGUAAUCUUCCAACUGGGUCGCAAUAUUGAGAUUAGUUCGACGUCCGAAUCGGACAGUGAUGACUGUCAGUUUGUGCUGGAACUGAAGCCGCCGCACUUGAGGACACCCGAACUCGUGAGCCUGAAUUCGGAGUCAGACAGUGACGUGGUGUUUGUGGACGAAACGCGAAAUUCACCGAAGCCACAAGUGCCGACGACAAGUGAAGUUGUUGUGGCUCAGGAGGGUUCAUCGAGAGAUGCUCCGGCAGCUUCAUCAUCAUCAGCUACACAAACUGCCCUCACGACCAUGCCACUGAUACCAAAGCUGCGAAUUAAGGCAUUUCAUACGGCUCAAGCGAGAAUUUGUCAUUCUGAUGAUUCAGAGAAGGAAGAAGUGAAGCCAACGACGGGAGUUAUUGUAGAUGAGGGCACUACUAGUAGUAGUCGAUCUCGUUUCAAAACCCGCAGAAUUCGUCCAACUAAGAGACUCAGCUCAUCAUCAUCAUCAUCACGGACAUCUGAAACGUCCAGUGAAGGUGGUUCAACUUCUGAAUCCUCAAGCUCCUGCGAAAUGCCCAAUCGGGUGUUUCCGCUGAAGAAGCGAAAGCAUACAAUGUCCUCCAGUACGACAAGUUCAGAUUCAACUUCAUCAUUGGAUGAAUCCAGUCACGAGGAAUUUAUGGUGACGACAAAGAUGCGCAAGAAAGUCAAAAGGUUCUCAAGGGGGGAUUUUGGGAGGAAGAGGAUAGCACGCAAGGAGGAUUCCACAGAUGAUGACAUCAAGGCCAUCCGGAAGAGUAGCAAAGCGGGAAAGAGGCGCAAAGCUGAACAUAGAGUGUACAAGAGGAUCACAAAGAUGAGAAGAGCCAGGAAAAUUGCCAACAGUGACGACUAAAAGCACCAAAAGUUCUGGACAUCCACCGUAAACUUAUGAUAAAAUUCUCAAACUCAGAGACAAAUUGCAAUUGUAAUGAAACGAAAAAUUCCGCAUGAAUGGUGAUGAAAGUGUAUGAAAGGGAGAAAAUCGAGAGAAAACAAUGGUGACAAAUUUAAGAAUUAAACAAAAAUUUUCAUUUUAGUUGAUAAAAUUGGUUAAAACGUUCCGAGAGAGAUUUAAAAUUUACCUAGAAAAACUGGAAGACAUUGAAGAAUAUAGGAUAAGAAUGACGGUAAAAAUGGUAUAAAAAAAAAGUUCUUUCGUAUAGAUUAUUGUGUAUGGAAGAAUGACUUUAAAAAAAAAAUGUAUGAGAUUGAAAAAUAAAUUGUGCAAAAAUUUAUGAAAA